AUGAUUGUCCUCUUCCAUCCUUCAGAACAACCAAGAAGCAAAAUCCUCUUCCCUACUCACGUUCAUCCUCACUCUCACAACUCUCUUUCCAUCUUCGUUUCGACUCUGACAACUGCUAUUACGACUCUCUACCCCUCUCGAGCUUCCUCACAAACCCACCCUCCUCUUCGUUCUCACGCUCGACACACGGCCUCGGCCCGCGAACCCACUACCACACUCGACCUUCCUCAGCAGCAGCAAGCAGCCAGCUUUAACAUAACCCCCGACACAAUGGGCUUCCUUUCUUCUUCCACUUCAAACUCUUCCUCUUCAACCGCCGGCUCGGGUGCCAUCUCUAGUGCAGAGUACUUUGCCGCCGAGCACCGCGCCAGCAUGGCCUCCGCCCAGAACGGCCGCUCCACCCCUCUCGUUCUCUCUGAGCCUCCCAGGCCAAACCGCGAUACGCAGUACAAGACGAAGAACCAUGCGCAGAAGUCCAACCCCCUCGACACGUUGACGGAGGCCAUUCUCGGCACGUCGCGCGCGAUGGAGAACUGGCAGCUCAAGAUGGACAAGCGGAAAUUCAGCAAGUCGCAGAAGUCUCGCGAUGACUCGAACCUGCAGACACGCUCGUCAGGCUGGGGACUGCGCGCGCUCAAGGGCGACUUCCUCAAGAGCAAGAGCGACUUUAGGGCCAAGAGCGAGAUCUGGAACUAA